AUGGCUGUGUGGGGUAAAGGAGAAUUCGCUUACCAGCAUGACACUUCGGCAUUGCUCGAACGGUUGGAUCUGCUCUCUCAGAACAUGAAAAAUGGCAACGUGCCUUGGAACAGUGUUGAGACUGGAUACGGAGACAGCGUGAAACCUAAUGCGCGCUGGGAUACAUCUAGCAGAGAUCCGAUGCGGACUGUAGCUCUGCAGUUGGCGCUCCGACAGGCCGUGUCCCGGGUGCCUGCACGGGGCUGGAAUCGGACCAAGAAACGCCACUGGUCUGGCCAAGCUGCACAACUGCGUGCGUUGCGGUGGGAGCUGUACGGUGCCGGCCCUAGACGGACGAUCGCGGUCCGCACUGAGACACGGCGGCCAUCCGUGUUGAAGCUGGUGGAUGAUAGGGAAGUCUGGACGGUGAUCUCACCCAUUGUAUCAUUGGACGCCCGGUUUCAGCUGUUAAAUAUUACCACGAACUUGCAUCCCGAUAUGGACAGUAUCCCGCUGGUGGCGCUGUGGCGCGAGUUCCCCUUUCCGGUGGCACGGGAGGUCGGUGUUAGCGCCGCCGAAUGGGCCCCGAGUCGGGACCGCGACCACUCCGAAGCAGUGACGUGGCGAGUCCGUGCUGGCUUCGAUCACGGCAUACACGCCGUUCCGGAUUGUGAGGCUGCACUUUACUGAGUACAACGGGAAUGGCUACCCAGUAUACCGUCAACAACAUUUCGCCAUGCUGCCCUGGAUGACGGGGACGAUUGUGUCUCCCAUGUUGACCGGCAUUCUCAACAUACCUAUUUGCUC